UAGCUAUAUCCUAGAAGAGGCAUUGGUACAACUCAUUUCAUUUUAUAACAUUAUUAUGGCUUACAAUUUCAACAGAAACAUGCUUAUUCUUUUUCUUAUUGUACUUUUCUUCCAAGUUCGAUUCUUUGAGGCGAGACAACUAGCCUCGAGCAAGGGAAAAUUGAAUGCUCUCCUGCUUAAGGUCCUUAGAACUCCUCGUCUCGUGAAUGGUCGCGCAAUUGCUCAAGAUGGAAGUCGCAUUACUGGCCAACACAGCGCACGUGCCUUCUUUGACAGAGAUCUUUUGUCUAGUAAUCCUAGUCCUGGGGCAGGACAAGGACACUAGCCGCUUUGAGGAGACCGAAAGUUCUGAGUUGCAUGAUAUAUAGUCUACCAUAUGUGUUGCGUUUGUGUUAUUUCAUCUAGUAAUUACUGUAGAAAAAUGUAAAGAAUAGACAUGAUCUUCUUAU